AUGGCGCAGCUUCCCGUAGCCAUCGCCGUGAGCCUCGCGGGAGGCGUGGCGCUCCUCCUUCGCCGCCGCGGCCGGCGGAAGCGGGACGACGCGAUCCGCGAAUCAGCGGAGGAGGUCGCGGAGGCGGGGGAAGGCGGGGAGGGGGAAGGCGGAGAGGGGGAGUAUGGGGAUCCGGCGGAAGACGACGAGGGGCUGGCGGAGGGGGAAGCCGGGGACGAGGCGGAGAUGGGGGAGGAGGGGGACGCGGGGGAAGCGGCGGAGGCAGCAGCGGGGUUGAAGCUGCUGAGGGAGGAGUUUGAAGCAGCCUUGUUCGAUGGCAAGGAAUUUGAUACUGACUGGGAUGAAUUCCCCUACCACAUCAGCAACCACGCCAAGGAGCACCUACUGGCGUCCUUCUUCGUUCAUCUCAAGCGCACGCGCCUUGCCAAGUUCGUCUCCUGCUUCCCCAACCUCAGCAACUGGAUCCUCCUCUCCGGACCUCCCGGCAGUGAGGUGUAUCAGGACACGCUAGUGAGGGCCAUUGCCAGGAAGCUCAACGCACGGCUCAUCGCUGUGGAUGCUGACAAGUUCCUCACCCCUGCGGACAUGUCAUCGGUGCCCAAGAGGAGGCCAGCAGCAGACAAGCCGCGUGAUUCACUCGACUCCACAGGCCUCUCCGACUCCCUCGACUCGCCUCUUUACGCGAGUUUGGCGAAGCAUCUGGUGGCGAUGGCAGCAAUGAUGGCUGUGGGGGUGGCCGUGGGGAACACACUGGGCACAGGCAGCGGCAGGGGCACCGGGGGCACGGGGGCAGGGUUGGACAGCAACAGUGGCGCCUACUCUCAGAGCGGCGAGGGGGAGGGGCAGGGCGGAGGGGAUGAGUAUGGGUUUGGGAGUGGCGGAGGGGAGGAGGAUGGGGCGACGACCAGGGCGCUGAGAGUGGGGGACCGUGUCACCUAUGUGAACGUGGAUGGCUACAGCACGGACGUGCCUGUGCCCAGCCGCCCCCCUAGAGGAGCCACAGGGCAGGUGGUGGCGACAUACGAGACGGUGGGGGUGCGCUUUGACUCGCCUGUGCCGGGAGGCCACUCCCUCAGUGGCCUCUGUGACGGCGGCCAUGGCCACAUCUGCUACGGCUCACAACUCAACUCGCGUCGUCUGAAUCUGCUUGCCGCCUGCCCGGCCAAUCAGGUGCUGGAAAAGGAGCUGCCACGUGGGCCAAUCAUUGUCUUCAUCCGCGACGCGCAGCGAUUGGCCGAGGCCUCCUCAAGUGCCGCCCAGUUUGAGGCGCAAAUGAGCCGACUGGUGGGGCCCAUCGUGUUUGUCGGCUCUGUCGCUCGCUCCGAAUCCUCCUCCGCUGUCGCUGCUACAAAAGAUGCGGUCGCUAAGGUGAUAGUUUGGAUUGUGUCUGCCUCUUUUGUCUCUGCAAUUGUGUCUAGUGCCUCUUCCCCUUACAGUCGUUGUGGAUUCCCCCUUACUGUUUCCCUGCCUCGCACUUCUCGUCUCUCCUCCCUGCCUCUCCGCCCCCCUUCCCCCAAAUCUGUGCCGCGCUGUGACUCCAGGAUGCAGCAGAGGGGGGGGCAGGGGGGGCGGCAUAAAGCAGUGGAUGCAGCAGAGGGGGCGGCAGGAGGGACGGCAGCAGCAGCCGCCGGGCCUGCCAGCACGGCUUGGGAGCCGCUCAGUGACAUGUUUCCGAACCGCUUCGUGGUUCGGCAGCCCAGGGCAGGUCCGGCGGCGGAGGUGUGGGCGAAGCUGAUGGAGAGAGACGCACAGCUCAUGCAGAUGUUGGCCAACCGACGGAUGCUGGAGAAGGUCAUGGCAACCAACGAGCUCACCUGCAAUGACAUGGACAAAGUCACUUUCACUGAGCCUCUAUCAGAAGAAGAGGCGGAACAGGUGGUGGGGCUGGCAGCAGCACACGCCAUCAUGCAGGGCGCAGCAGAGGGGGCGAAGGGAGGCGCUGAGGAGACGAGCAAGGGAGAGACCGCGAUAAAGGCAAAGGCGAAGGAGAAGGAGAAGGAGAAGGAGAAGGAGAAGGAGAAGGAGAAGGAGGGGGACAGCGAGAAGGGGAAGGACGAGGAGAGGAAGGAGGGGGAGGAGGAGAGGGAAGUGGAGGUGGAUGAGGGCGAGAGUGACGGAGGCGAGCUUGUCAUUUCAGCUGAGAGGUGGGCGUUAGAGCAGCGGUGCAGCAUCGUAGAGCCUCAUAAGAUCACAUCAGCCAACAAGUUUGAAGAGCGUCUACUAGCAGAAGUCGUGCCUCCAGAAGGGGUCGGAGUGACGUUCAGCCAGAUCGGAGCUCUAGAGGCCGUGAAGGACACUCUCAAAGAGCUCGUGAUGCUACCUCUCAGGCGCCCAGAGCUCUUCACACCUUGUGCCCCUCUGUCUCCCUCUUCCCCUCUCCUCCCUCUUCCCCCCCUCCCCUACCUGUUCCCUCUUUAUCCCUCCUUCAAUGCAGAAAAUCACAUCAGCCAACAAAAAAUCACAUCAGCCAACAAGUUCGAAGAGCGUCUACUAGCAGAGGUGGUCCCCCCAGAAGAGGUGGGAGUGACGUUCAGCCAGAUCGGUGCACUGGAGGCCGUGAAGGACACACUCAAAGAACUCGUCAUGCUGCCUCUCAGACGCCCAGAGCUCUUCACGCGCGGGCAGCUGACGCGGCCGUGCAAGGGCAUUCUGCUGUUUGGCCCGCCCGGCACCGGCAAGACCAUGCUCGCCAAGGCCGUUGCCACUGAGGCUGGGGCGAGCUUCAUCAACAUCUCCAUGAGUGCUGUGCUGCACAAGUGGUUGGGAGAGGCGGAGAAGUCAGUGAAGGCGAUCUUCUCGGUGGCCAGUAAGAUGGCGCCAGCUGUCGUGUUUGUGGAUGAGGUGGACAGCCUGCUGGGGCGGCGCGGGCAGUGGGGGGAGCACGAGGCGAUGCGCAAGGUGAAGAACGAGUUCAUGGCGUGCUGGGACGGGCUGCGCACCCGGGCGCAUGAACGGGUGCUGGUUCUCGCGGCCACGAAUCGACCGUUCGAUCUUGACGACGCCAUCAUCCGACGGUUCCCACGACGUCUGAUGGUGGACCUACCAGAUGCGGACAACAGGGAGAAGAUCCUGCGGGUGAUUCUAAAGGACGAGGAGGUGGAGGAGGGGUUUGACUAUAAGGAGCUCGCUGCCAUGACCGAGGGGUACUCAGGAAGCGACCUCAAGGUGCGUGGUCCACUCAAGGACGAGGAGGUGGAGCAGGGCUUUGAGUACAAGGAGCUCGCUGCCAUGACUGAGGGGUACUUGGGGAGUGACCUCAAGAAGAGGCUGCAGCUGGAGGAAGCUUCCAAGAAGGCGGAGAGCUCAACUGCAGCAGCAGGAGGAGUGCCAAAAGCACCACCACCCGCACCAGACGCUGCUGCUGCAACUGCUGCUGGGAGCAGUGAGGGAGGUGGAGGGGGACAAGGUGCAGAGAGCGGUGAUGGGUUGGAUGGUAGUGGUAUGGCCGGCAGUGAGGUGGGUGCCAAGCAGGUUCUGUUUAUUGAGGGCGAUGAGGCUGGGGAGAAAAGCUGCUUGGAGGUUGCUUGUAAUGGAGAUUCUUCUAACGAGAACGGGGUAGAAGAUGAGCGGAGUGCUGCACUGAAGGACCGCGAAGGUAGACCAUGCGUUGGAGAGGUGAUCAAAAUGAACGGCACUGUGCCGAGUUCCGAGCUAGUAGACGGUGCUUUAGCGAGUGACCGUUCCAUGAAUGGCGUUUCAGAGAGUGUGAAUGCAGGUGAAGAGCAUGCGGUAUGCAGGAAAGAUGCCAGGUCAGCAGGAGGGCGGAGCAUGGAAGGAGGAGUAGCAGAGCAAUUGCGGGCAGAUGAGAGUCAAGCUAAUGAGGGUGAAUCUGUAGCAGGGGAGGCUGGGAGCGACAGGGACAGAGGGAAUGAGAGGGUUGCAGGGGAUGACUGUGCUGCGGUGGCAGGGGGCAGUAUGGUUGCUGGGGACAAUGCCGUUGCAUUGGAGAGUGAAGGUGAAGGGGUUUCUGAAAGGAAAGAGGCUGCAACUGCAAAACCACAAGGUGAAGAAGCAGGUUCAUUGACCAGUUCACGGGAUAACGAGGACAGAGGGGAUGAAAAGGGGCGGAGUGAGAAGGUGGAGGGAAGGGAGGGAGAAGCAGAGGACGCAGCAGAAGAAGCGGCGAAAGAAGCAGCAGAGGAGGCAGAAGAGGAGGCGCUAGUGAGGGGCAUAGUGGAGGAUAUCUUAAGGCGGGGCGCUGAUGGUAGCAGUGACUCCCCUGCUGACCUGUGCGCUGACAUGGCAGCUGCGCUUCAGAUGGUCAAGGAGAUCACAUGUGAGGACGACACGUCAGCAACAGAUGCCGAAGAAAGGGGAGGUGAUUCAGGCGCAGAGGGGCAAGGCAAAGCUGGCGAUAAAAGCGCAGGUGAAGGUGAAGCAGAGAGUAAAGAUGUGGAUGGCAACCCAGGAGGCUCAGGAAACACUGUGAGAGACUAUUCAGGUUCAGGAGAGGCUCAAAGACAAGGCCAGUCGCAGUCACAAGCACCAGACUCCGCAACUUCUCUCCCUCGCCCUCGCAGUGUCUCGCUCCUCCAAUUGGCCGAGGACAGCUGGCGCGAGCGCACUGGUGCAGGCCUGUCGGGGCUGGGCAAGGCAGGAGCAGGCGGUGCUGCUGGCAGUGGUAGCAGCAGCGGUGGUGGUGGCGGUGGUAACCGCGUGUUACGGCUGCGGCCAAUCACGAUGGCGGACAUGCGGGCGGCGAAGCAGCAGGUGGCGCCAAGCACAGCGGGGGACAGCAGCAGCAUGGCGGAGCUGAGGCAGUGGAACGACCUCUAUGGGGAGGGCGGCUCACGCAAGAAGGAGAAACUCUCCUACUUCCUCUGA